GACUGCAGGGAGUAGACCGCGGCAUUAUAAGAACCACCAGCCUGAAGAAUUAGUUAGGAAGAAAACAGAAAAUUUUUUUCAUUUUUUAUCCUCACUGUUCGUCUUUAAUAUUUUACAUCGUGUAACAUUGGCUUCGAUUCAACGUUUAUAUAUAUAUAUUUUUCCUAUUUGGAACUUUUGCACAUUUACGUCAUACUGAAAUCUAAUCAUCCGCAAUGCUUCCAGAGACAAACAAGGGCUACAGCUAUGAGGAGUGCAAGGCCACUGCUGAUUGGCUGCUGGCCCAGACAGACGUUAGACCCCUUGUGGGCAUUGUGUGUGGCUCAGGGUUGGGAGGGCUGGCUGACAUGUUAAAGGACCAGGUGGCCUUCAACUACAAGGACAUCCCCAACUUUCCACAGAGCACUGUGCACGGACAUGCAGGACGGCUGGUGUUCGGUACCUUGAAGGGAAGGCCAUGUGUUUGCAUGCAGGGGCGCUUCCACCUCUAUGAGGGCUAUCCAAUCCAGAAGAUCACACUGCCUAUGCGCAUCUUUAAGCUGCUCGGCGUAGAGACGGUGAUCCUGACCAAUGCAGCCGGAGGCUUGAACCAAGAUUUUAAGGUGGGAGACAUCAUGAUUAUCAAGGACCACCUCAACAUGCCCGGCUUCGCUGGCAACAAUCCUCUGGCUGGACCCAACGACGAGCGGUUUGGUGUGCGUUUCCCAUGCAUGUCCGAUGCAUAUGACAGAGAGCUGCAGCAGCUGGCCAUGGACGUGGGACAGGAACUUGGAUAUGGAGACUUCUUAAAGGAGGGUGUCUACUGUGUGCUAGGCGGGCCAUCGUUUGAGACAAUCGCUGAGUGUCGUAUGUUGCACAAACUGGGUGCUGAUGCUGUUGGCAUGAGCACAGCCCCUGAGGUGAUCGUUGCCCGGCACUGUGGCAUGCGCGUCUUCGCCCUCUCAUUGAUCACCAACCAGGCGGUGAUGGACUAUGAAAGUGAAGAGAAGGCCAAUCACGAGGAGGUUCUCCAGACGGGCAAGCAGCGAGCUCAGCAGCUGGAGCGGCUGGUUUCCACCAUGGUGACUAAAAUAGAGCACAACAACAACUACGCCUAAAAGUCUGCUGGUUCCCUCUGACUGCUGUCAUGCCAAAAGAAAAUCCCUUAUUUUACCAUUUAUGCCAUUUUUGAUUCUCAGAUAUGUUGUAAAUAGAAUUCAUUGAUGCCUUUAUGUGCAUUUCUUUGAGCCUUGUAAGACUUACAUUCCUCUAAUGGGUGGCUCCAGGAAGGACAACAAAAAAAGGCCCUUCUCAGUUUUUUUUUUUUAUCUGUUUAAACAAGGUGUAUUUGUUCUAACGUACAUGAUCAACUUGUAAAAAUGUCUGCAAUUUAACUUAAAAAUGAUCAUAAAUCUAAUGUAAACAUCUUAAUAUAACUAUGUUGUGAAAUACGUGUACAUUCGCAGGCAUUAACGGCUUUUUUUAAUAUGACUUAUUAUUAAAAUGUUAUUUAUUAUUAUA